CAAUUAAUAUGAAUUAAAAUAUAUGUAUACUACGAUUGUGCACCAGUAAACAAAAUAUUUAUUUCGUUCGUAUUUUAAUCUAAAAUUUUAUUUAAAACUUUCUGCAAAAAUUAAAUUAUUAAAGAUGUCGGAAAAACAAGAUAAAAGGGAAUUAUUUGCUUUAUUAAAGUUAAUGCGAAAGUAUAACUUGAAGCAAACUGAGGACCUUUUAAAGCAAGAAGCGAAUUUGACAGAGGAUCUCGAUGAAGAAUUGCUAGCUAAAACACCUCCACCACUGCCUGAUGAAGAAAACCCUGAUAUGCUCUUCGGAAUCUACGAAGACCUGUGCAAUUUUAUCGAAGAGUCUUUGGAUAUAUAUAAACACGAAUUAUCAAUGGUCUUAUAUCCGCUAUUAGUUCACAUAUUUAUUAAAUUAAUGGAUUGUGGAUGUGAGGAGAAAGCGCACAAGCUGAUAGAAGAAUUCGGACCCCAACAGUUGUAUUAUUAUCAAAACGAUAUUAAAGUUUUAUCAGAAAUACGAAAGGUUUCUCAAAUGGAAACUUGCGAUUUAAUUACUGCUUUAAAGAACGAAAAAUUUACAAUUCGUAUUUCGCGGGACUCUUUGUCUUUAUUUAAACGUCAUACACAAGAUAAGAGAUUCGAUUUAGUUAAUCAGAUAGUAUCCAAAUAUUUUCAUUUUGACUUAUACGAAGGUGCUGCAAGAAAUAAAGAGCAAUGUGAAGCAACUGCUGGUGCCAUAACUGGCGAAGCUAAAAGAACGGACAACAAAAUUAGAGUUUAUUAUGGGUUGCUAAAAGAUAUAGAUUUUCAAAGCUUAAAUACGCCACCUGACGAAGAGGAGGAAGUUGAUGGAGAUGGAAUUGAUAGACCAAAAAAAAAGAAACCUAAGAAAGAUCCAUUAUUUUCGAAAAAGUCAAAAUUGGAUCCAAAUGCUCCCCCUUACGACAGAAUUCCUCUGCCAGAACUUAAGGAUGCUGACAAAAUGGAAAAAAUGAAAGCAAUGCGAGAGGCUUUAAAACGUGUUCCCUUAGGGAAAAACAGUUUACCGUCCUGUUGUUUUUACACCGUGCUAAAUGGAAGUGGAACUGUAACCUGUGCAGAGAUAUCAGAUGAUUCAACAAUGCUUGCGCUAGGAUUUUCUGAUUCUAACAUUAAAAUUUUUUCACUAACACCUUCUAAACUUAGAGAAAUAAAAUCGGCUGAUCAAUUAAAAGAUAUUGAUCGAGACGCUGAUGAUGUUUUAGUGAGAAUGAUGGAUGAUCGUACCGCCGAAAGUGCAAGAAAUUUAUACGGUCAUUGUGGACCUGUAUAUCGCUGUGCCUUUUCGCCGGAGAAAGUUUUACUGUUAUCUUGUUCAGAAGAUUCGACUUUAAGACUUUGGUGUAUGCAUACAUGGACAUGUAUUGUAGUAUAUAAGGGACACUUACAUCCAAUUUGGGAUGUACGGUUUGCUCCACAUGGUCAUUAUUUUGCUUCUUGUUCAAUGGAUAAAACAGCGCGAUUAUGGAGCACAGAUUCACAUCAACCUUUAAGAAUAUUCACCGGACAUCUUUCAGAUGUUGAUUGCGUUCAAUUUCAUCCAAAUUCUAACUAUAUUGCUACUGGUUCAAGCGAUAGAACUGUACGUUUAUGGGACUGCUUAUCAGGACAGUCAGUUCGUCUAAUGACAGGACAUAAGUCUACAAUAUGCUGUUUGUCUUUUUCAAAAUGUGGAAGAUACUUGGCAUCAGGAUCAUCUGAUAAUCGAGUGUUAAUUUGGGAUUUAUCACAUGGACAGUUAGUGGCCCAAUGCAAGCAUACUGCGGCUUUACAUACAAUUACCUUUAGCAGAGAUGGCACUUUAUUAGCAUCUGGUGGCCUAGAUUGUGUGUUGGCGUUGUGGGACUUUUUGAAAUUGAUUGAAGACUAUUCUAUAAGCAGUAACCAAUCAUCUCACAACCCUGAAGUUUUAGAAGGUGAAUCUUAUUUAUUACGCUCUUUCAGUACAAAAUCAUCUCCAUUUCUGAAUUUACAUUUUACUAGAAGAAAUCUUCUCUUAGCUGUAGGAUUUUACAAAUCCUAACUUAAAUUUCAAACAUCUUAAAAAAGUAAAAUUUGAAUUUUGUGGAAUAAAAUUAAAUGGUAGUUUUAUUAAAGUUUUAUAAAAACUCUUGUUUUUAUUUUAGUUCUUGUUUACUUAGAUACAUACAUACAUACUUAUUAAAUUAUUGAAAUAAAAAAAUAAAUUUAGGUAAAAUUUAAAAAUUUUAAAAAACAUUUUUUACACGAUUUACGAAUAUUUUG